CUCACCAGGCUGAGAGAGAUAGAGAGGAACUGCUUACCAGCACUUGGCUGUUGGCUGCUGUUCAUUUUCCACUCUGAUUGUGGAAGUUUUUGUGUUGCAAAGCCUCGGUCAACCUCGCCAUGCUCUCAAGGCGUGAAUGUCUGGCUUCCUGCGACUGGCGUGAAAGACCGAAGUCUGUGACCAGAGGAGGAGGGAGGCGGUGGGAGGGUGGCCUCGGUGCAGAGCCUGUACCCUGCCCGUGGAGUUUCCGAUCAGCUCAAUCUCGGAUUAGUUUACUGACGGAGACGCUGCUGAGCCCUUUGCCAGAUCGGGUCUUGCAGCUGCACCCGCGUAACCCCGCUACACUCAGUGAACAGGACCUACUGCAGAGAGAUGGAGGCUUUCAUUCAGAGGUUUUUUUAAUGAAUUCCUGGCCAGCAAGAUCAGAACCUGGCUGGGCACCCCUACGGAAACGGAGACUAAAAAGGCUUUGCUUCAAACGUCUCUUUUGGUGUUCCUGAACCCAUUGUGCGAGCUUUCUGUUGCUGUGUUUACUGUAUAGUGUAUUUAUAACAGCAGAUCAAAAGACUCCUGAGGGGAUUUUCUCCCGGGGAAUGUUUCCGUUCCUCCCGGGGGGACAAGCCAAGCAGUCGCACUCUCAGCCUGAACCAAGAAGGGAGCACUAUGUCAACCGCAAGGCGCCGCAGAUAAAGCUAAAAAAACCCAGCGCUGCUUAUUUCAAGGGACGUAAACAGGUGGGAUCCCGAGAGAUAACCUGGUCUCCCAUCAGCAGGCCCUUGGAUGCUCCGCGGCGCACCGUCCUCGGCCGCUCAGUGCUUCCUAAUGGCCGGGAGUUGACCACGCCCACGAGAAUGACGCUGCGCGAGCAGCUGAGAGGGAAGAUCUCGGCGGCCUUCUACCGCCACGGGUUGCUAUGUGCCUCCUACCCAGUACCCAUCAUCCUCUUCACCUCUGCCAGCAUCCUCACCUGCUGCUAUCCGUUAUUGAGGCUCCCGCUGCCUGGGACGGGUCCUGUGGAAUUCACCACAGGGGUGCGAGACUACAGCGUCCCUUCCCAUGAGCCUCAGGGAGACCUCGGAGAUCGACCUGACUGGUACCACGGACCUCCGGUUGCCUACAUUCAGCAGGUGUUGGUGAAGGCGGCGGUGUCUCCAUGGGACAGCAACCUGGUGCCGGUAGAUGUGUUUCGGUCACCUCUUGGAAAAGUCUUUAGUCUGCUGGAAGAGAUCCGCAACCAUGUCCACACUGACAGCUCUGGCAUUCGCAGCCUUGAGUCACUGUGUCUUCAGGUGACAGACUUGUUUCCAGGCUUACGGCGGAUGCAGUCGGUGCUGCCAGAACACGGCUGUCUGCUCGUCUCUCCUGGUAACUACUGGCAGAAUCAGCGGGAGCUGUUCGACUCGGACCCUGACCUCUUCAGGACCAUCCAGAAACACGAACCGAAAGGACUGCACACCUCAGCAACACUGCGAGACCUGCUCUUUGGUGUUCCUGGAAAGUACACCGGAGUCAGUCACUACAAUAAGAAGCGAGUGGUGACGUACACGAUCACCGUGGUUCUUUCCAGCUACGAUGCAAGUUUUCUUAGCAGCUUGCGGACCCGCCUGAAGCAGCUCCACCCCUCAAACAACUGCAGCCUGAGAGAUGACCACAUGGUUCACGUCCACUUCAAGGAGGAGAUCGGCAUCGCUGAACUCAUUCCCCUCGUCACCACUUACAUCAUCCUGUUCGCCUACAUCUACUUCUCCACACGUAAGAUUGACAUGGUGAAAUCCAAGUGGGGCCUGGCUCUGGCUGCUGUGGUUACAGUCCUGAGCUCUCUGCUCAUGUCUGUGGGUCUGUGUACGCUGUUUGGACUCACACCAACACUCAACGGAGGUGAGAUCUUUCCUUACCUGGUGGUGGUGAUCGGUCUGGAAAACGUGUUAGUCCUCACCAAGUCUGUCGUUUCCACUCCUGUUGACCUUGAGGUCAAACUUCGUAUUGCUCAGGGAGUUCUGUCUUUUUGCUGUUGUGGGCCUGGUCUCUGAUUUCUUCCUGCAGAUGUUUUUCUUUACAACAGUGUUGUCUAUAGAUAUCCGCCGCAUGGAGCUGGCUGACCUGAACCGCCGCCUGCCAGCCGAAGCUGGUCUUCCCCCACCAAAACCUGGCCCCCUGCGGACACGGGAGGUCCCCCCUCCACCACGACCCUCCCCACACACAAUUACCCUGCAGACCCCGGCCUUCAGGAACCUGAGGCUCCCCAAGAGGCUGCGAGUGGUUUACUUCCUGGCUCGUACACGUUUGGCUCAGCGCAUCAUCAUGGCCGGCACGGUGAUCUGGAUCGGCAUCCUCGUCUACACUGACCCGGCAGGGAUCCGCACCUACCUGGCUGCACAGGUGUCUGAGCAGAGCUCCUUGGGAGACCCCGGAGGAGGCGGUCUGCCCCCGCACCUGGCGGUGGUGCCCGUUUUCCGUGGCGGGGAUCCUACCAGCACGUUAAGUAUCCACCCUGCACCUGAUCCAACCCCUUUACCCGAGAACCAGUCGCAGGGCCACCACAGCUCCGCCAGAGGAGGGUCUCUUCCCCAGGCCCCGCCCGCUGUUCCUCAGAUUACCUGGGGGGCUGAGGAUGAAGAGGGAUGGAGGAGGUUGUCUUUCCGGCACUGGCCAUCACUUUUCAGCUACUACAACAUCACUUUAGCAAAGAA